AGGUAUUACAACAUCAUACGGUCAGUCACUAUGUCAACUCUGAGACCGGUAUAGUUUCAUGAGUUUCUUGUGUUCUUUUAACUGGAACUAUAAUUAUGACGCGGCCCGUUUUGAUCGUGUCGGUUUUAUUGUCAAUAGCAGCUGCUUAUUAUAUUUAUCUGCCUCUGCCUAGCACUAUAUCAGAGCCAUGGAAACUCAUGUUUAUGGAUUCCAUAUUGCGCGGUGUAAUGCAUGUGAGCUUUUUAGCUCACAAUCUUGGACUGAGCCGGCCUUUUGAUAUUGCAAAGUAUGCUGCAUCAUGGGAUGAAAUAAAGGGUCCACAGUCCAGCUCAGCAAUCCGAGUCACAGAUACAUCUUUUGGAGGAGUGCAGGCACAAGUGUUUGAGUCCACAGCAGCGGACCAAGAGUCACAUUUGAAAAGAGGAGUGAUCUAUUUCCAUGGAGGUGGAUGGACACUCGGCAGUGGAAAGAUGCAAACGUAUUACCUUCAGUGCUGGUCAAUGGCUGAAGAGUUGGAUGCAGUUGUAAUAUCAAUUGAGUACAGAUUGGCCCCGGAGGCACGUUUCCCAGAUCAGUAUAAUGAAGCAGUUCAGGCCUCAAAACACAUCCUGACAGCAGAGGUGUUGAGUCUGUACUCUAUAGACCAGAAAAGAGUGGCUGUGUCAGGUGACAGCGCCGGAGCCAAUCUGGCCGCUGCUGUGGCACAACAGAUGGCUUUGGAUAGUAGUCCUCCUAUUAAGUUCAAAGUUCAGGCCCUUCUUUACCCCGCGCUUCAGGCCCUGGACUUCAACACUCCCUCCUACCAGCAGAACGCCGACAUUCCCAUUCUUCACCGUCCCCUCAUGGCUCGCUUUUGGCUGGAGUACCUAAACGGGGAUCCAAAACAUGUUACGUCUUUGUUGGCCAACAACCACACAAGUAACACAACCAUUCAGGAGGUAGCAGCGGCCAAAGCCAAGACAGACUGGACCAAGCUUCUUCCGGUGGCCUUCCAGAAGAACUAUAAACCCGUGGUUCCGCUUCACGGUGACCCAGAGCUGCUGGAGAAGCUGCCAGGCCUGCUGGAUGUGAGAGCGGCGCCUCUACUAGCUGAUACUAAAGUGCUGAAGGCCGUGCCGCCCGCUUACAUCAUGACCUGUGAGCAUGACGUGCUGAGAGACGACGGACUCAUGUACGCCACGAGACUGGAAGAGGCCGGAGUGGACGUCACCGUUGAUCACGUUGAAGAUGGUUUCCAUGGAUGCCUCAGUUUCGCUUUUGGACCCUUUCGCUUUUCUGUCGGCAAGCGAAGUUUUAAGAGCUACACCCACUGGCUGAAGGAGAAUCUCUAGGUUUUUUUUUUUUUUGUGGUUAUGUUAUAUUAUAUAUUUUGAUUUCAAACAUUCGCUAAUGGAUUUUUAGAUUUAAAAUACUGUGCAACAUGUCAAUGCAAUAGAUUAUGUAAAUGGAGAUAAGCACACUGAUCGAGCUGAAGGUAUUGAAACUAUGUUUCAGUAACAAUACACAAUUGUCUUAGCAGCAUUGGGUUUAUAGUGCAUGUAAUGCCAUAUAAUGCAGGAUAAUCCAGAUUAUACAAAUGUGAAUCCAUUUCUAGUAAUUCGUAAGUGUCAUGAAAAUAAUUUUAUGUUGUUAAUAUUUUAUGUGUGGAAGAUUAUAAAAAUCUGCUGAGUGUGACUGAAACAAAUUUCUAUUAUAAAAAUAUAAAAUCUAUAUAUAUUUUUAAAUGGAAAUUAAGAUAUAUAAUUUAUGAAAGUAUUAAAAAUGACCACUCAGAAUGUAUUUUUUUUCUAAUAAUCUGCAAAGAGUGACCAAAUAGAUGAUAUCUAUUUAAAAUACAUAUGUACAAUAUUAAGAAUGACCGGUUAAAAAAUUUAUUUUUCUUUACAUAUACAAAAACAUACAUAUAUAAAAAAUAAGUGUGAAAGGAAGCCCAUACGAAAAAUUUAAUAAAACAAGACACAGUUCAUGUCUUUCACACUCAUGACUUGCAGCGGUAUACAUUUUUAUUCAUGCGCACACACAGCAUGCAAUUGUUGCUCUCUGUCCUAGUUUUGUGCAGCUGCGUCUAGGCGUGACGUCUGCACAGAUGUGCAUCACUAGGUCUCAAGGAGUAGACUCAUUUCUUACUGGCUGAUACGUUCUGAAUGCAUGCUUUUAUUUCUUUGGGGAAAUAAACACCUUUACUGUAUCUCUGAUUUUCAGAGCAGAAUCUGGGAAACGGCAUCUGGGAAAGAAAAAGUACUACAUGUGUAUUAUAGGAAUGAAUUAUAAUAAUCAUACAUUUUAUUCAGCAUACAAGUGUGUAUUUGAAACAAUCUGUCUAAUAGUCAUGGACAGGUUUACAAUAAAAAUGAUAAUAAUGUUCUUUGUUCUCAAAAUAAGUUCCAUAUCCUCAGGCCGUACUGUACCUUUGAUUGGGACUGUUUAUGCUGCCAGUAUUUUAUUACACAGUAUCAUCAACAUGGAUGUGUAAUGCGUUAAAUGUAAAAAUAUUUGUUGUUAUAAUGUGUAUGAAUAUGUAUGAUACUUCAAAAUCAUGCAAAUAAAGAGACGAAUCAGA